AUGAAUAUGUUUUGGCUUCUAGUAGUGAUUUUCUGCUAUUGCCUUUUCAUUGGCACUGGUGCGGGUGUCCGUGUUUCUACAAGACGGAGUGUUGUUAACGUUGGCGCUAUUUUGUCUUUCAAUUCUUCCAUUGGGAAAGUAGCAAAAGUUGCAAUAGAAGCCGCUGUCGAAGAUGUGAACUCAAAUCCAGCACUUCUAAAAGGAACUAAACUCAAACUUGCUAUGCAGGAUACUAAACUAUCUAGCGGGUUUCUGGGAAUCGUUGAAGCUUUACGAUUUAUGGAGAAUGAUACGGUGGCCAUAAUUGGUCCCCAACAAUCAGUUAUGGCCCAUGUAAUUUCACAUAUUGCGAAUGAGCUCCAAGUCCCUCUCUUAUCCUUUGCGGCCUCAGACCCCACCCUAAAUUCACUCCAAUUCCCUUACUUUGUUAGGACAACACAUAGUGACCUCUUUCAAAUGUCUGCUAUAGCAGAAAUCGUAAGUUACUACGAAUGGCGAGAUGUAAUAGCAAUCUAUAUUGAUGAUGAUCAUGGCAGAAAUGGGAUUGCUGCAUUAGGUGACAAGCUCGCUGAGAAACGUUGUAAAAUCUCGUACAAAGCACCUAUGAGCCCCAAUGUAAGCCGGAAUGAAAUCUCUGAUACACUGCUUAAGGUGUUGUUGAAGGAAUCUAGGGUAAUUAUCCUCCACAUAUAUGCUACAUGGGGUCUAGAGGUAAUUGAUGUGGCGCAGAAGAUGGAGAUGAUGAAAAGUGGAUAUGUGUGGAUAGCUACUGAUUGGCUCUCUACUAUACUUGACACUGAAUCUUCCCUCCCUCCAGUUGCAUGGGAUAGUAUUCAAGGGGUUCUUACCUUGCGUAUGCACACUCCGGAUUCGGAACUCAAGAGAAAAUUUGUUUCGAGAUGGAGCAAUUUGACAGGCGGGCUUUUCGGACUAAAUACUUAUGGUCUAUAUGCCUACGACACUGUUUGGCUUCUUGCUCAAGCACUUGAUGCGUUUUUAAACCAAGGGGGAAAUAUUUCAUUUUCAAAUGAUCCGAGAUUAACCGAGUUUCAUGGAGGGAACUUGCAUUUUGAUAGUCUGAGCAUCUUUGAUGGAGGGAACAUGUUGCUUAGUAGCAUUUUAGAGGUGAAUAUAAGUGGUAUAAGUGGCCCAAUCAAGUUCACUUCAGAUGGGAACCUCAUUGGUACUGCAUAUGAGGUCAUCAAUGUAAUUGGCACGGCAGGGAUCAGGGGAAUCGGUUAUUGGUCCAAUUCUUCUGGCUUGUCAACUGUGCUUCCAGAAAAACAAAUAAAUCGUUCCUAUUCAAAUGAACAACUAUAUGGUGUAAUUUGGCCGGGACAAACAACUGAAAAGCCUCGUGGGUGGGCAUUCUCAAGCAACGGAAGGCAAUUGCGAGUUGGAGUCCCAGUCAGAGUUAGUUUUCGUGAAUUUGCUUCCCUAGUAUAUGGCUCUGAUGUCUUUCAUGGUUAUUGCAUUGAUGUAUUUAAUGCUGCACUGGCAUUAUUACCGUAUGCACUCCCGUAUAAGUUCAUUCCAUUUGGAGAUGGACAUAAAGUUCCCAUAUACACAGAUCUUCUGCAUAUGAUCACAACGAAUGAAUUCGAUGCUGUGGUUGGUGACAUUACAAUUACCACCAACCGGACAAAGAUGGUCGAUUUUACGCAGCCAUUUAUCGAGUCCGGGCUUGUUGUAGUGGCCCCAGUCCAAAAGCUCAAUUCUAGUGCUUGGGCAUUUUUGAGACCAUUUACUCCAAUGAUGUGGUUUGUCACAGGUUUAUUUUUUCUUGCUGUGGGAGUAGUUAUUUGGAUUUUGGAGCGCAGGACAAAUGAUGAUUUUCAAGGCCCUCCAAGAAAACAAUUUGCCACCAUCAUUUGGUUUAGCUUUUCAACUUUGUUUACUGCUCACAGAGAAAAGAUUGACAGCGCUCUUGGCCGUUUAGUGCUCCUAAUAUGGCUUUUUGUAGUUCUAAUACUCAAUUCCAGUUACACUGCAAGUCUAACCUCAAUCCUCACGGUGGAACAGCUUUCUUACUCUGUCAAAGGGAUUGAAAGUUUAAUAAUAAGCGAUGACCCCAUUGGUUACCAGCGUGGUUCAUUUACUGAAAAUUAUUUAAUUGAAGAGCUAAACAUACAUAAGUCCAGACUUGUUCCUCUUAACUCGGCAGAAGAAUAUGAGAAAGCCUUGCAUGAUGGCCCUAACAACGGUGGUGUUGCUGCAGUGGUUGACAAGCGGGCAUAUAUGGAGCUCUUCCUCUCUAGCAGAUGUGAAUUCGGUAUAGUAGGUCAAGAGUUCACCAAAAUGGGAUGGGGUUUUGCUUUUCCACGGGAGUCGCCCCUAGCAAUUGACAUGUCAACUGCUAUCUUAAAGCUGUCAGAGAAUGGAGAAUUACAAAAGAUUCAUGACAAGUGGCUUUCAAGAAAAGCUUGCAGUACAGAAGGUGCAAAGCAAGACGUAGACCGCCUUCCGCUUAAAAGUUUCUGGGGGCUCUUUCUACUGUGUGGCUCAGCUUGCUUUGUUGCUCUCCUUUUGUAUCUUAUUAAGAUGGUUUAUCAGUACAUGAGGCAUUCGAGCCAGAGCUCGCAAUCAGCACCUAUACGAUCAUCAUUUCUCUCGUUUGUUAAAGAAAAGGAAAAGGAAUCAAAGGAUGUUCCUAAAAUGCAAGAGCCAGAAAAAAGCGGAGCCACGAGAAAGCGAAGGAAGAGGGUAUCAAGUGGUAGAUUUUGUGAAGAUGAAUCUGUAAAUGUUUCUAAUGUUGGUGUUUAUAUUGGCCAUGAAACAUAG